AUGAUUUUAGCCGCAGUGUCGCAGUUGGACAUCCAAGCCGAGCCGAGAAUGUUACGACAGCAUCAUCAGACGUCGUUCAAAUCCAUGGACAGCGUGGUGGAGGUCAAAAGUAAAUUUGAUGCUGAAUACCGUCGCUUUGCGUUCAAGAGGAACUGCCCAGGUGGCUUCAAAGAGUUUUAUAGCCUACUCCAAACUAUCCAUCAAAUCCCCGAAGUAGACAUGUUAUUAGGAUACGCAGAUGAUCAUGGAGACCUUCUUCCAAUCAACAAUGAUGAGAACUUCCACAAAGCUGUCUCAUCAGCAAAUCCGUUGCUUCGCAUCAUCAUAACAAAGAAAGAAGAUGAACCUGUAGUUUUUGGCACCAACUCCCUCCAGAGACGUAAAAAAGGCCUAGGUUUGACAGGACUCCGUCCCACUGGCUCAUUGUCUGCCCACUCAAAGAGCAAGAUGAGUCUCAUGAUUGGCCGACCACAGAACUUCCGUCAAAUUUCAUCGAUCAUUGACGUGGAUAUCCUACCUGAGACACACCGUCGCGUACGGCUCCACAAACAUGGUACCCAUAAACCACUGGGCUUUUACAUCCGAGAUGGGGCCAGCAUGCGAGUGACGCCUUACGGUGUAGAGAAGGUUCCAGGAGUGUUUAUAUCCCGCCUUGUGCGAGGUGGUCUUGCAGAAAGCACCGGGCUCUUGGGAGUUAAUGAUGAAAUUCUAGAGGUCAAUGGUAUUGAUGUCACAGGAAAAUCGUUAGAUCAGGUGACAGAUAUGAUGGUGGCCAACAGCCACAAUCUUAUAGUGACAGUGAAACCAGCAAACCAGAGGAACAAUGUUACGCAUCGUGGGAGUAAAUCCGCAGGAAAUUCGGGUUCUUUUGGCUCCAAUGGAUCUACAAGCUCUGCGCUAUCACAUGACUCUACGAGUCCUGCCUCUCACAGCACCCCCAUCACUGCAAGUAACAGCAUUGUUGAGGGUGACAGUGAUGAAGAAGAUGAUGAUGAUGGUGACCUCAUCCUGGAAAGUGACUGUUUGACAUUCUAUUCAUCUGGAAACAAUACGAACUUGACCAGUGAAACAUCGCAAGACAGCCCUACGGUUCGAACCCUUCAACAGAGUGUCUCCAUGCCCGAAUACAUGGCAGCAAAUCUGAGAUCCCGUCAAAAUGGCCACCCGGGUCACAGCAUUCAACGGAGUAUGAGAGAGGGGAGUCAACAUAAUAACACUGUAAACACAGCUACUGUAUGA